ACCAAGCACCGGCACCCGAAGGAGCUAGUUGUGUAGCAAGCGGUUCUAUCUGGCUCAGCCAUGGACCGGAAGGUGGCCCGAGAAUUCCGUCACAAGGUGGAUUUUCUGAUUGAAAAUGAUGCAGAAAAGGACUAUCUCUACGAUGUGUUGCGGAUGUACCACCAAACCAUGGACGUGGCCGUGCUUGUGGGAGACCUGAAGCUGGUCAUCAACGAGCCCAGCCGCCUGCCCCUGUUUGACGCCAUCCGGCCCCUGAUCCCGCUGAAGCACCAGGUGGAGUACGACCAGCUAACCCCCCGGCGCUCCAGGAAGCUGAAGGAGGUGCGUCUGGACCGGCUGCACCCCGAAGGCCUCGGCCUCAGCGUGCGUGGUGGCCUCGAGUUCGGCUGCGGGCUCUUCAUCUCCCACCUCAUCAAAGGUGGCCAGGCAGACAGCGUCGGGCUCCAGGUAGGGGAUGAGAUCGUCCGGAUCAAUGGGUAUUCCAUCGCCUCCUGCACCCAUGAGGAGGUCAUCAACCUCAUCCGCACCAAGAAGACUGUGUCCAUCAAAGUGAGACACAUCGGCCUGAUCCCUGUGAAGAGCUCUCCCGAUGAGCCCCUCAAAUGGCAGUAUGUGGAUCAGUUUGUGUCGGAAUCUGGGGGUGGGCAGACCAGCCUGGGCUCCCCCAGCAGUCAGGAAAACAAGGAGAAGAAGGUCUUCAUCAGCCUGGUGGGCUCCCGGGGCCUUGGCUGCAGCAUUUCCAGCGGCCCCAUCCAGAAACCUGGCAUCUUCAUCAGCCACGUGAAGCCUGGCUCCCUGUCUGCUGAGGUGGGGCUGGAGCCGGGGGACCAGAUUGUCGAAGUCAAUGGCAUCGACUUCUCCAACCUGGACCACAAGGAGGCCGUGAACGUGCUGAAGAGUAGCCGCAGCCUGACCAUCUCCAUCGUAGCCGGAGCUGGCCGGGAGCUGUUCAUGACAGACCGGGAGCGGCUGGAAGAGUUCCGGCAGCGCGAGCUGCAGCGACAGGAGCUUCUGAUGCAGAAGCGGCUGGCGAUGGAAUCCAACAAGAUCCUCCGGGAGCAGCAGGAGAUGGAGCGGCAAAGGAAAAAGGAAAUUGCCCAGAAGGCAGCAGAGGAAAAUGAGAGAUACCGGAAGGAGAUGGAACAGAUCGUGGAGGAGGAAGAGAAUUUUAAGAAGCAGUGGGAAGAAGACUGGGGCUCAAAGGAACAGCUCCUGUCGUCUAAAACCAUCACCACCGAGUUGCACCCAGUACCCCUUCGCAAGCCAAAGUAUGAUCUGGGAGUGGACCCCGAGUUUGACCCAGCAGAUGACCUGGACGGAGGCACGGAAAAGCAGGGAGAGCAGGAUUUCCGGAAAUACGAGGAAGGCUUUGACCCCUACUCCAUGUUCACCCCGGAGCAGAUCGUAGGAAAGGAUGUCCGGCUCCUGCGCAUUAAGAAGGAGGGAGCCUUAGACCUGGCCCUGGAAGGCGGUGUGGACUCCCCGAUCGGGAAGGUGGUCGUCUCAGCUGUUUACGAGGGCGGAGCCGCUGAGCGGCACGGUGGCAUUGUGAAAGGGGAUGAGGUCAUGGCCAUCAAUGGCAAGAUCGUGACGGACUACACCCUGGCUGAGGCUGAGGCUGCCCUGCAGAAGGCCUGGAAUCAGGGGGACUGGAUCGACCUUGUCGUUGCCGUCUGUCCCCCCAAGGAGUAUGACGAUGAGCUGACCUUCUUCUGAAGUUCAGAGGAGAAACCAAACCCACCCGGAGAAGCCAGUGAGCUCCGGACCCACCCUCCUGGACACCAUGCCUGGAGCCCGCUGAGCCACCGCAGCCUGCAGGCACCCUGGAAACCCACCAGCACCCAGGGAUUGCAGACUCCCUCUGGCCCUGAAGUAGGGCUGCAUAGGAACACUUCGGGCCACUCCUCUGAAGGCCAGCAUGGAGGGAGGGAGCAGCUAGCCGUUCUGAAGAGGCCCCUGCGAUCUAGACUCUCCUGUCAUUCCUCUGGCUUUGUGAAUCUGGGAGACUUCUCCCUUGAACUCUGCUAGGACCUGACUCUUGGGUCUAUCCCUCUCCAUCCCUCUCCUCUCUCUCCUGCUCUCAUUGCUGCUAAGAUUGAUGCCACAAUCUUACUCUGAACUCAUUAAUAAAAUAAACAGACUUCUUUUCCA